CAGGGCGGCCUUCAAAGUUGGCGGGAUUGUGGUGACAUUAGUCUUUCGACAGAGUAUUUAUGCUCGACUGGGAAGAGUUUACGUAUAGGAAAGGAAAUACUAUCUAGCAUCGGAUUUAGUUACUUUUAAGUGUGCUUGCUACAGUUGACUUUAUUUAUCCCGUUAAUUUCAUCUCAAUAAACUGUUCCAUCGACAGAGAUCGUGUAUGUCAUCUGAGCGAUUUUUAUAACACUGCUAAGCACAUGCUAUAAAUCAAAACCUUGAGUUUAAAAAUGACGACAAAGCACAUUGGGUGCUCUAAUCCGCGCAAUUUCAAGGAGAAAAUCGAACUACUUAAGAUGAAAGAAGCUGCUUCAACGGCGAAUUUCGCUGCUGCUAUGAGAGAUGCUCAAGAAAUUUGUCAGAUUGCGUAUGCUUACGACGCUCUGCCACUCUCUCUUGACCACAGUCAUUUACAUGGAAAUGCUAUGGAUCGUUCAGUGCUGAUGAAAGCUCAUUCUUUAUCAGAUAUCACUGAUACAGGCCGCCAAAUGGCCAGUAAGCACUCUGACCUCCCUAUACAAGAUAAUAUACUGCGCUCAAAAGUUAUUCCGGUGGAUCGCAAACGUGUGUGCGGUGGUUCCACAAUAUCCAGUUCUCAUUCAGGAAUCUAUCCUAUAGGGUCAACAGUAUCCAACACAAGUGAUGAAAGAGUCAAUGAACGUGUACCGACCGGUGUUCAAACAAAAGAGCAUAUAUCAAUUAAAAAAGAAGAAGAACAAGAAGUGACUACAUCACAAACUCCAAAUAUUUGUCCAUUUUCGUAUAAUUCAAUCGGUUCAUCAACUGAUUCAUCUUUUGGGUAUAAACGUAACACUUAUGGUGGACAUGAUUCUGAUUAUAAUAAUAAUAAUACAUCGACUAAUUGUUCGUAUGCAUCUUCAUGGUCUACUACUGGACCGUUUCAUCAUCAGCAUUCUACGCAGAAAAGUUGUAUAGAAAAUUGGAGUAACGAGUGUUCAGGAGGAGGAGUAGUUGGCAGUCAUCAACAAAUUCCAAAGAAUUUUAGCCCAUACAAUAUUAAUAAUAAUAAUAAUGAUAUAAAGCCUCAUUAUCAAGGUGGUGUACAUCAAAAACCACAUCUUCCAGCAAAUCCAUACCUAUUCUCUGCAUCACAUUCAGAUGCUGAAGUUGCUGCCACCAGUUUGAAUACACAACAAUCGUUGGCUAAUUCAUCAAGUCAGUAUACCUGUGAAUCAGGCUAUUUUAGUGUUGGUGAUAGUAUUGGUACACCUGUUGGCUUUCGUAGCUUCCCGCCAACAAAUAAUUUACAACAUUCAAAAGUUCCAUUCUCUGUUAAUUUCACUGAACAGCUCGGGCGUACACCAACACCGUAUUCAGUCGUCGACUGGAGAAGGACAGCUUCAGAUUCCUCUAUCCACAAUACACUAUCAGGUAUUCAGUUGAAUCCAACAGAUCAGUAUACAUAUGGUGGGAAAGCAGAAAAAUCACAUAUGUUUAGCCCUAGACCUGUUCUAUCCAGUGAUCAUCAUUAUUUUAGACCAGCGUGUAAACUGAGAGGUGUUGAAGAAGAGAAUGCGAAUACUCCACUGGCGCCGCCUAUGCUGGAUGAUACAGAUACAAAACGUGGUUGUGUUUUUCGACGCCAACGUGAUGCUCAUCUCUUAGAUAAUAAUAAUACUAAUAGUAAUCGGUUUGUUCACACAGAAAUGCUUACAAAUGAGCCUCAUGUUGUACCUGCUAAAAGACCAUAUACUUGCUCUACUGAUCCCCAUUCAAAUGGAUUCGAAGCAGCUGCCUCACAGAUGAAAAUAUGCUCACCCCGUUUGGAUAACCUUGCAGGCGGUGGUGGUGGUGGUUUGGAACAGAAGAAUAUGGAUCCUACAGAUGCAUCAUUAAAACAUAAAAGUUGGAAAAUGCGUUCCGGUGUUGUUUAUAAUCCACAUAAUAAUAAUAAUCUAGAUCAGUCGUCUUCAUUAAUUCGACCAACAUAUCAAUGCUUGUCUAGCAGUGCUAUCCCAUCGGAUUCAAAGUAUGCUGUUGAAGAAUUAACUGAUCCUUCACGUAAUUGUCUUAGUCAAGAGAAUCAUCAUUCCUUUAGUAAUCUGCACAAUUAUUCGUCGUCAUUAUCGUCAUCUUCACAACAAGCUGCUUCUGCGUCUGCUGAUAUUCUAUGUAGAAAUAAUACAAUUAAUAGUAAUAGUAGUAAUAUGAUGAUGAUGACUAGUGGAAGAAGCGUACCUAGAAUGGCCAGCGCAGUUACAACAACACCGACAACAUCGUUAACAAUAAAUAAUGGACGAGGAGAAAUAACGUCUAUGAAUGGUGCUGGUGGCGGCAGUAGUGCAGUCAUUCGAGACAGUGUUGUAACAGACGAUUUAUUUCUUCGUAGCACUAAUGAUUUGGAUGAAUACUUACAAUUGCCUAGUUUGAUAUGUAAAGCAGAUGAAUCAAAUAAUAGUUUUGCUGCUCGACGGGAUAGCUGUACCAUGACUGCAGAAAUCCUCUCGACACUUUCUAAUGUACGUGAAGAGGUAUCAGAGAAUAGUUUAAGUAGAAGAAUUCCUACAGAACACAACAAUGAUACCCAGCAGCAGCAGCGUAGUUCUAUAUACGUUUCCAAUGCUGCUAAUUCUAUUCCUAUUAACACCAACAUCACUAACAAUCAGAGAAGUGAUCAUCUUAUGCGUAAUCUAAUAUCUACAGACCCACUAUCCAACAACAACAAUAAUAGUUAUGCAUACAAUAAUCGUUGUGGUAGCAGGUCACAACAACAAAGCUUACAUUCGCAUUUCAUUCAAAGUCUACAUGGUGGUGAUGCUCAUGCUGAUGCUGAUUCCAUUACAACAAUGACGACGCCGACAACAGCAGGAACAACUCUGGCAACAAUAACAAAUUCAACGCUUACACCGACAACUAUCUAUUCUUCAUGCCUACAUCAUGUUGGCGAUAAAAUUGGCAUAUCUAUGUCACCGAAUGACUAUCGUCUGUUGACGGAUCCAAGAUUAGCUAAUUAUGUGACAGAUAAAGAGACAGAAGCCCAAUUGAUCGAUUAAUAAAUUGAGACUACUACUAUUGCUACUAUUAUUAUUAUUGUUGGUACCC